AGGCGGGCGAGGAGGGCUGGGGCCGCGAGCGCGAGCAGGCUCCGUCCGCGCCGAACGGCCCGGAGGUCUUGCUGGGGCGGCGGCGGCGGCGGCGGCGGCGGGGAAACAGCAGCAGCCGCAGCCGCAGCAGCAGCAGCAGCAGCCGCCACCCCUGCAAAGCCGGAGCCGGGGGGAGCCGCGCCGCCCAGCCGAGCAGCCCCCCGGAGCGCGAGAAGCCCGGGAGCCGCGCCGCGCCUCGCCGUCCCUGCUGGCUUUGGCUCGGAGCAGCCCCACUUCUCUCGCCAUUUUAAUUCAUUCCUCGCAGACGCCCCCCUCCUUUCCCCUCCCGCCCCCCCCCCGGUCUUGGAUUUGGCAGCGCUUUGGUGCAAAACAAAACCGACACUUUUUUUUUGGGUCUUGCCAAGGGCGCAGAGGAAUGGGGCUGGGAGAGGAGGCGGCGGCGGCGGCGGGGGGGGCCGCCCCCGGCGAGCAAAUCUCCUUCUUUUCGUCUGGAUCCUUCUAAAGUUUAUCCUUCUCUCCCCCCUCCCGUCCCUCUUUCUGGGUUGCCACGAUCCCUCCCGCUUUCUCUCUUGGACGGCUCCUUUUUCUCUUCUCCCCCCCCACCCUCAUUUUUUCUUCUUUUGGGCAACUGGGUGGCUCAUCUGCUGGAAGGCCUUUCUCGCAGGAAGGCGUUUCUUUUCUGGAAUCUCCGGGAGAGGCGCGAGGUGCGGAAGGGAAGCCCCUUUCGGAGAAAGGGGAGCGAACGUGUGAAUGCUUUUCCCCGGCUCCCGGGGGUGCGGGCGCCGCGGCGGGGAAGGGAGUGCUGGGGAGGGGGCGCGGGUCCGGCCACGGAGAUGAGUCGGACGGGCGCUUGAUGAAGGGGGAAGCUUAACCCCGGAGGGGGGCCGCCACCCCCUCCCAACCCGGCUGGGGAGCCCUGCUUCGGCUUUCGUGAAGCUUGCAAAGAAGGCUGCCUAUGUGCGCAGGGAGAGCGGGUGGGGGCAGGAGGGGGCCAGGUGUGCGAGGCGAGGGGUUGGGUUUGGGGCGGUAGCAGAAGGGCACCCCCACCCCUUCCUUUUAAUUGCAAUAGCUCGAUUUACCCCCCUACCCCUUCCCUAAACUGGAGUAGGUCUACUUGCUAGGAGAGAGGCUCUGGGGAAGCGCCGCCCCAAAGUGAUGGAUAUCCUCCUCGUCUAAUCCCCCCAAACUGGGGGGGCAUUUUCCCCUCUCCCCUUUCCCCCACCCGUGUCAUUUUGCGUGAAGGCGGGGUGGGGGGGAGAAUGACAUGAUUUAAGUGCACAGUCGGAGCUCCCAGCCCCUCUCAUCUACCUCGCCGCAUCCACUGCGCUUUCCGAUUGAGACCAAGGAGGACGGAUUCGGAGGGGCCGAAACAAUGUUUCUCCGGUUUUGGGGGGCCGUGCCUAAGAAACAGCUGACGGUGUGGAUUGGGGCCCUGGGCCAGCCGGCCGAUACAGCCUAUUAACCCGUUUUUGAAAAGGACAACGUUCCCAAGUGAGAGGAAAAAAAAAAGAGAGGAAGAAGUAACCUUGAGAUCUAGCAGCUUAAAAAACAAACGAAAAGAAAACAGCCAUGGGUUGUGCUCCAAGCAUUCAUAUAUCUGACAGCCGGGUGGUUUAUCACAGUAACAAAGAUCCGGAGGACUCAAAUUCGUCACAGCAAGGCAAUCCUGUCCCUGGAUUAUUCAUUAAAUCUUCCAACACCGCCUCGUAUAAGUUGAGAACUAAUCCAACUAAGAAAGACUCCCGGGACAACAUGGAGGCAGAAUCUCGGACCAAGCGAUCCAGCGUGAAGGCAGUGGGAACGGAUGUGCAGUUUGGCCCUAUGAGACUCCACCAAGAUCAACUUCAGGUACUCUUAGUGUUUGCCAAAGAAGACAACCAGAGCAAUGGGUUCUGCUGGGCCUGUGAAAAAGCAGGCUUUCGCUGUAGCAUUGCCAGGACACCUGAAUCAGCCCUCGAGUGUUUUUUGGAUAAACACCAUGAAAUCAUCAUUAUUGAUCACAGGCAUUCAAGAUACUUUGAUGCAGAAACGCUAUGCAGGUCCAUUAGAACAACAAAACCAUCCGAAAACACUGUUAUUGUUGGGGUCGUGCGGAGACAUGCAGAUCGUGAAGAAUCCUCAAUAUUACCCUUUCUUUCUGCUGGCUUCACAAGGAGAUAUGUUGAAAACUCGAACAUCAUGGCCUGUUACAAUGAACUUAUGCAGUUGGAAUUUGGAGAAGUACAGGCACAAUUUAAACUAAGGGCUUGUAAUUCGAUAUUUACAGCAUUAGAGAAAAGUCAAGAAGCCAUUGAGAUUACAAGCGAAGACCAUGUAAUACAGUAUGUAAAUCCUGCAUUUGAAGGAGUGAUGGGCUAUCACAAAGGCGAAUUAAUAGGAAAGGAACUAACAGAAGUGCCUACAAACGAAAAAAAAGCUGAUUUCCUUGACACUAUUAAUUCUUGCAUCAAGUUUGAAAAGGAAUGGCAAGGAACCUACUAUACCAAAAAGAAAAACGGCGAGAGCAUACAACAAAAUGUGAAGAUAAUACCUGUCAUUGGACAGGGAGGAAAAAUUAGACACUAUGUGUCACUUAGUAGACCGUGCAAUGACAACAAUAAGGCUGAAAGAAUCUGUGAACGGGUACAGGCCGAGUCCCAGACAGAUAUGCAGACCUGCAGACACAAAGACAGGAGGAAAGGUUCUCUCGAUGUCCGAUCCACUACCUCCCGAGGCAGUGAUGGAAGUUCUCAGAGGAGGCACUCAUCAAUGGCCAGGAUACAUUCGAUGACUAUUGAGGCACCUAUUACCAAGGUAAUAAAUAUUAUCAACGCUGCCCAAGAAAGCAGUCCCAUGCCAGUGGCUGAAGCGUUAGACAGAGUCCUAGAGAUUCUGAGGACUACUGAGUUGUAUUCUCCACAGCUUGGCACAAAAGACGAAGACCCACAUACAAGUGACCUCGUUGGUGGCUUGAUGACGGAUGGACUGCGAAGAUUAUCAGGGAAUGAAUAUAUAUUAUCAGCAAAGCAAACCCAUCAAGUACCGGGCAGUUUGAUCUCACCCAUCUCCCUGAACGACAUCCCACCCAGAAUAGCUCAAGCGAUGGAAAAUGAAGAAGACUGGGACUUUAAUAUUUUUGAGUUAGAGGGCGCAACUCAUAAAAGGCCUUUAGUUUUUCUUGGCCUUAAACUGUUUGCCCGCUUUCGGAUCUGUGAGUUUCUCGGUUGCUCUGAGUCGACCCUGAGGUCUUGGUUGCAAGUCAUAGAAGCCAAUUAUCACUUAUCCAACUCUUACCACAAUUCAACCCACUCAGCGGACGUGCUCCACGCCACGGCCUAUUUCCUUUCUAAAGAAAGAGUAAAACAAACUUUGGAUCCCAUUGAUGAAGUUGCUGCGCUGAUAGCUGCUACCGUCCAUGAUGUGGAUCAUCCCGGGCGAACCAAUUCUUUCCUGUGCAAUGCAGGAAGUGAACUGGCCAUUUUGUACAAUGACACAGCAGUGUUGGAGAGCCACCAUGCAGCCCUGGCCUUCCAGAUCACCACCCGAGAUGAUAAAUGCAACAUUUUUAAAAACAUGGAGAGGAAUGAAUACCGAACUCUGCGACAAGCCAUUAUUGACAUGGUCCUGGCCACGGAAAUGACCAAGCAUUUUGAGCACGUCAACAAAUUUGUCAACAGCAUCAACAAGCCGUUGGCUGCUCUUGAAGAGAAUGGGAGUACAAAUGGGGAUGGGGAUUCCAUCAAAAACGUCCUCACGUCUCCUGAGAAUCGAAUCCUGAUCAAACGGAUGCUAAUUAAGUGUGCUGAUGUUUCCAACCCCUGUCGCCCGCUGGGACAAUGCAUUGAAUGGGCAGGUCGCAUCUCUGAGGAGUAUUUUGCACAGACCGACGAGGAGAAAAGGCAAGGUUUACCUGUUGUGAUGCCGGUUUUCGACAGGAACACUUGCAGUAUCCCUAAGUCUCAAAUAUCAUUCAUUGAUUAUUUCAUCACUGACAUGUUUGAUGCUUGGGAUGCUUUUGCAGAUCUGCCAAAUCUGAUGCAACACCUAGACAACAACUUCAAGUACUGGAAGGGGCUGGAUGAUAAGAAGCUGAAGACUCUCCGGGCACCCCCUGAAUAGCUGUCAGACCAUUUGACAUGUACAUCAUCCAUCUGGAAGCCCGCUCCUUCAAACUUGCAUUUGGUUGUGCAUUUUAAGAUUUGUUUGCUCUCUUCAGUAUGACAGCAAGGCCUUUUUAUUCCCUGCCGUGGGGAGGCUGGACAAUCUGAAGAGCCUCAAGGUCAGAGGGACACUCUUAUCCACCUGCCAUCUAGCAACGGAGGAGGUGAAUAUACUUUUCAAGCUGAAUUACACUGGAUCAGUGCCUGUAUCAGAGAGAAUUUCAGGGUGAACCUUAUCUCUUGCAUUAUCUGCAUGCUAGGAAGUGAUGUUUGGAAAGACCCUUUCCUUAGAAGAUCUCAGCACAUAGUUCUUCAGAACAGCAAGUGAAGGUGAAAAAUUCCCAUCACAACAAGGACUCAUAACCAUUAUGAGGAAUCUUUUUAAUGAGCACUAAAAGAAUAAAAUAAACUGAAACAGCUACAUUGAACAAUCAGACAUUGACACAUGGACCCUUUCUGAAGGAGCUUUGUUUUUUAUCUUCUCAAAUGGACUUAGCUGUAUUUUUUCACAUCGCCAAAGGUGCGAUCUCUCAGUUCCAAGCUCUACUGAGAGCGAGUUCUUUAAAAUUUAGUAGCAAAUGGAAGCAAACCAAUGGACAACCGCCCCCCCCCGCCCUGCAGAUUUUUGAAGUUGAUCGUUAGGCACCUCUGAUUAAAAUAUGUUUUAUUUAUUUUGUUAGAUGUUGAAUAUUUUCUAUAAAUUUAUAAAGACUUUAAGCGCCAAAGCCAACUUCUAGAUGCAUUACAGUUUUUUCAUGAUUCCUAACUCAUUAUGCAUUUUAUUCUCAGAUUGCAAAAGGGCGGGCAGUGAAAACAGCUUUUUACUGCGUGGAGGGAAUCGCUGGGUAUGUCAGUUUUAUGUUAAUUAAAGUGCGUUUUUAUCAAAGGUUGUAGUGAAACGCCAUCAGGUGGAAUGAAGGGGAUGCUCUGGACUACCUUAUGUGCUGGCUUAGUAGUCAAAACAAUGGCAUCCGUGCACACUGGGUUCACAUACUGUAGGUCCUUCCCCCCCUUUCUUUCUAGAGGUUUCCUUUUAAGGAGGAAUGGUACUUUGCUCAGAGAAAAUAAUGGGAAAGCCCACCAAACAGCACGUGAAGAUAACCGAGUUGUGGCAAUUACUAAUAACACCAAAGAAGGUGAGGAAGAUGCUCAGCUUGAGCACAAUUCAGAAAAAGGCCCUCACUGAUUCAACGCACGUGUGAGAAAGUUGAAAUAUUACUUGACUUCGCUGUGCUGUUAUGUCACUGCUGUGGCUGCGAAGUUCAGAUCAGUGGCCAGCCAAUCCGUGUCUGCGCCCUGCAUCCUCAUGUGUUCUUCAGGUCAAUCGAAUUUCUCAGCCCAUCCUUAAAAAAAAAAAAAAGCUUGGGAAAUUCCCACCCUCUGUUGUAUGGCAUCUAUCGUGUUCUCCAUCCACCCUCCACCCCCAUUCAGUCCCCUUGUAUUAUUUUCUGUUCCACUUUUGCAACUUAAAUCAACCAUGCCUGCACACAGGGCCAGUUUUCUACAUAGCCCUGCAAAAUCCUACAUAAGGUACACCAGAGGCCCGCGGGUGAGGACAGUGGUCUUGGUGUGAAAUGUGUGUAUGUUCCCAUCAUGAGAAAUGUCUGGUCCUGCCUUGAAAGAAAGUUUUUUUUAAAAAAAGAAAGAAAAAAGCAAUGGAGAUGCUACAUUUCCAAGAAGUUUGCAAUCUGACUAGACUAUUCUAGUGGAUAGCAGAAGGGGGGGAGGCGGGGAGGAGAGUUAAAAUGUAUAUUUGUAAAGUUUAGCCAUUCCCUCUCAGACUUUUCCCCUUAUUUAUUUUUAAAAUCUCUCACACUAUUUCAUAGGCCUCUGAAAUUAAACCCUUCCUUUUAAAAAUAAACCAUGGAAACUUU